UGGCCUCUUCAGUUAAGUGACAUGGUUGAACAUAAAAUUAACUCUCUUGUCGCAUUUUCUAUUAGUUUCUCUUAUUUUGUGGGCGAGAACCACUUAGCACGGAACAAUAUUUGUCCCAUCCGGCCACCGGUUAGUAUUGAUGGUGCAUGGUUACGAAAAAUAAUGAUGAUUUUCCGACAUUUUUCAUAGAGAUGGCUGCCGGGAAAACGCACUUUAAACCUUGAGACUUGUAACUUUGUGCCACAUUCGUGACUUUCCGCGCCCGACGUAAAUUUGUAUAAGCAUGGCGCCUUCAAAGACGGGCCGAUACAAUAUUAUGUACAAGUCAUGACACAGUUGACGCUGACAGGAGGUAUCUUGCGAUCAUAAUACACACUAGUGUUUAAAGUGGACGUAAAGCAAAUACGAUGUUCUGCUCGUCCUAUAAUUGCCUUGUGGAGUGACGAAACCUGUGCGAAUUCUCCUAAAUGUUUCAAACUUCAUGUUCAUGUGGAGAAGAAUGCUUAUAUAUUGGUAUAAAUGAUAGCCAAAAAGUCAUUUCAGAUCUUCUGUUUUGCUUGAAUGACCUGAAACAAAGGGAGCCACAUGAUGAAGGCAUUGAUUUUCUAAAUGCAUUUUUUCAAGCACCGCAAGUCUCAUCCUUAUUGGAGAUACAUGAUAAAUUGGAAAAUCGAAGCAAACCUGCCGGCCUGAAUUUUACACCAAACUUGCAGAAUCUUAUAUACGAAAUUCACAGCAUUUUAACACUGAAACCAUGUAUUAGUCCAGAAGCAAGUGAAUUAACAAGAAUAUUUCAAGGGCCUCACUUUCAAGCUUUUGUUUUAGUCCAUGAUCAGGUUUCAGGCAGAUUGUUUGAAAAGUGUGUUGAAAGUGAUACCGAGGAUGACGUGAAUGUUGAUAUCGGAUCAAUUCGGAUUGUUCGUUUAGUUAAACAAGAACAAGAACCAUUGGGCAUAACCGUCCGUCAUUGUCCUGCCAAAGGUUGUUGUAUAAUCACAAGGAUUAUUGAUGGUGGAACUGCUAGCCGAAGUGGUGCCUUAGAGGUUGGGGAUGAAAUAUAUGAAAUAAAUGGAGUUAGUGUGAGUGGAUCUCGGAUCGAAGAUAUUCUGACACUUUUGCAUUUUUCCAUAAGUAGCGUGGCGCUUAAAGUCGUUCCCGCGUUGGAGGUUAUCAGAACACUGCCGCGUGAAAAUAAGAUGUUUCAUGUGAAAUGUCAUUUCGCAUACAAUCCACGCCAUGACUCGUUGCUGCCUUGUCAAGAGGCUGGCUUGGCUUUUGGAAAGAACGAAAUUUUACAUGUAUUUGAUCGCACUGACAUCUGGUGGUGGCAGGCCAGGAAAGUGGGAUGCCGCUCAAAGACUGGUCUUAUUCCAAGUCAGAUAUUACAGGAAAGGAGACUGUACAAAGCAUAUCUGGAGAAAGCAUUAAGCAAAAAAUGGCCGUGUGACAAACGAAAUUUUCAACUACCCAAAACUAAGAAAAAAAAGUGCAAGAAGAGGAAAAUCAUGUACUCAUCUAAAUACACCAAUUAUUUUGAAACGGUCUCGAUCCUCGCUUACCAGGAAGUGAUCCAAUUGACGCCGCCAGUUGACAGGCCAAGACCUGUGGUUCUAGUUGGACCUCGUUUUGUCGGCCGGAAUGAACUUCGUCGGUUGUUGAUUUCAAGCGAUCCCGAGUCAUUCAUAACACCUGUGAACUAUCCAUCUCAGAAAAAGAUUGACAAAGAGAACAACAACAUCAUAUACAAAACUGGUGUCGAGAAGUGCGCGACUCCUAGGAAUGCAUGCAGAUCAAUUGCCACUGAGUACCAAGGCGAGUUUGAGCAUAUCUCGAUUGAAACAGUCAUAACCUUGAUGAAUUCUGGCAAGUGUUGUGUCAUUGUUGUGCCCCCACAGGAGCUCCCAGUCAUUCGGACUCGCGAACUUUUUCCUUACGUGGUAUUCGUCAAACCUCCAUCAUUACAAAGACUUCGUCAAACUCGUCUGAUGUCGCGAGUCAAAACCACUUCAUUGCAAAAUCAUAAUUCGAGAGUGUUUACGGUUACAGAGCUGGAAGAUAUGAUAAUGAAGGCAGAGGAAAUGGAGCAUAAAUACGGACAUUAUUUUGAUCUAACGAUCAUAAAUGAUGGUCUUCAAGACGCAUAUGAUCGGCUCUACACGGCGGCAUAUCUCGUUGCUAAGGAACCGCAGUGGAUUCCGGUGAAUUGGCUAGCUUAGGCUUAGCUGAAGGUAUUUCAAUAAUUGUAUGCAAUUUGUGAAUUGUGAAUUGUUUUCCUCAAUUUUUUAAGGGUGAUACGCGCUCAUUGAUUCUUUUCUUUCUGAAAACUUUUGGAUCAAAAUUUGCAUUCUUAGUAUUAACACAUAUCGUAUAUCGUAUGCACAAGAGAAUUUUCGCGCCAAAAUUACAGUUUAUUCUUGAAUUACAAAAACUCGCUUCAUAAUGCUCUCAUUGGUUGGGGAAAUGAAAAAUAUUAGUUAAGAAAGAAGGAAGUUCUGUUUUUUCUGUUGUAGAUAAUGUAUAUGGUAUAAACAUAUUUCGGAGAGGAAAGGUAUAUUCCAUUGAGAUGAAUCAACCAUGCCACUUGCCAAUUAAUUACCCAAAAAUUACCCAAUUAAAAAUAGUUUUGCACUUUUAUACUUUUAGUAAAUUUCUCCCUGGGUUUGGCAUUUUGGCAACACAAAACAUUUUUUGUUUAAUUUCUCCCCCGUGGUAGGCGGUGCGUUGUUUGUCGUGGUGGGUGGAUACCCACGGAAAAGUUAUGACCUCUGCUGACGUCAGUUUUUUUUCAAACACUUAAUAUUCAUCUCUUGAUGACCCGUACCCACUCCAGCUUUAUUCAUCUCAAUGGUAUAUCCUCUCCGUAUACAUAUAUUUGGUGACUAUUUAAAAAAGGGAUACAUUGCAGGAAUUUAUUUAUAUGAAUGGAGUAAAUAACGUGUAGAAACAUGUACAUUAUACAAAUAUGUAA